AUGCCAUCGAGGCCAUCAAGUUUUGGCCUGAGAUUUCUUCAGAUUUCUUCAAUCCCGCUUUGGAGAUCGGCUGAACAAUUCGUUGUGGAUCCAAGGCUGGGUUCAACAGCCAUCGGGAUUUGCACCAAGGAGGGUGUCAUUCUCGUAGUGGAGAAGAGGGUGACGUCACCAUUGGUCGACCCCAGCUCCAUUGAAAAGCUCUUAGAGAUUGACUGUCACAUGGGCUGUGCCAUGAGUGGCCUCACUGCUGACGCACGAACUUUGGUGGAUCAUGCCAGAGUUGAAGCGCAGGCACAUUGGUUCACCUACAACGAGCGCAUGCCCAUCGAAAGCAACGUCAAUGCUCCCGCCUCAGCGAUUGCAGACCUGGCCUUGGACUUCAGCGACUCGGACAAGAAGAAGAAGACCAUGUCGCGGCCCUUCGGCGUCGAGGACCUAGCGAGACGAGAGGAGGUGGCCCUGUUGGUUGGUGGCGUGGAUCCUUGGGAUGGUCCCGUGCUCUUCAACACGGAUCCUUCAGGAACUUUCACCAAGUAUGCAGCCUGCGCCAUUGGCAGCGCUCAGGAGGGUGCAACAAGCAUGCUGCAGGAACAGUACAACAAGGACAUGACAUUAAAGGAGGCUGAGAUUUUAGCGCUCACCACGCUGCGUCAGGUCAUGGAAGAGAAGUUGAGCAAGUCCAACAUCGAGGUUGGAGUGGUCCCAGCUACUACCGGAAUGUGUGGACUCUCAGACUCUCAAUGGGAAACGUGUUGCAGAAGAUGUUUUGUCACUCGCAGAUGCAAUGAGUUUGCUUCUUUGCCCUCUGUUUUUUUUGCUAGAAACAUAGGGGUCAAAAGACAGAGGCUCCCUGCAAUCACGACAGGUCUGCUUUGGUUCAAGCGACUCGAGCAAGGUGGAGUAGAACAUGAAUAG